GUCACCCAGGCAAUGGGCUUUUCCUGCCAGCCAUGCCUCGAGCGCUGGCACAUCCCUUCAGGGACCAGCCUUGCCUUGGGGGCUUUUCCUGCCCCCAUGGCUCUGCCUAGGCUCCAAACAUACCCCAGAUCCAUGCUCCUGCCCUGGGCUCCCACCUCCUCUGACCUCCCACUCAUUCACAGGGUGACAGCUUUUGUCCUCAAGUCCUUUGGCCAGGCCAGAGCCUACAUAGCCAUCACCGAGCAGCACACUGGGAACGCACUGCGCUGGCUGCAGAAGCAGCAGCGGAACACGGGCUGCUUCCAGAGCGUGGGGAAGCUCUUUAACAACACCUUGCAGGGCAGUGUCUCGGAUGCGCUCUCACUGUCAGCUUACGUCAUGGCGGCACUGCUGGAGCUGGGCCUGCCCCCCAUG